AUGACGGUUGAAAUGCGAAUCGACGAGGUUCAGUUCGUCCACUUCAAUGAUGUACGCGAAUUCGCAGUCUCCAACCCCGCCUCCCAAACCCUGACACUUUUCAGCGGCGACGCGUUCUCGCCUUCUCUUGAGGCAAGCGUGCUGAAAGGGGCGCAGGUGUGUCCGUUUUUAAACCUCGUAGGGGUUGAUAUUGGGUGUUAUGGGAACCAUGACUUCGACUUUGGCGAUGCUAGGCUGAUAGAGCUGUCGAGCCAGCUAAAAUUUCCGUGGUUACUAUCGAACGCUUACCAUCUCCAAAAAAACCAAAGACGAACGCUUGGCUCCGCACGGGAAUAUAUUGUUCGUAACCUGGAAAAUGGUCUCAAGGUUGGAUUUAUCGGACUUGCAGGAACUGACUGGCCAUCAAACUGUGAACUGCUACCACCUUGCGAGUUCGAACCGCCGGUGCAAGCGGCUCGCCGUUUAGCGCGCCAUCUUCGAGUGCAAGAACGCUGCGACCUAGUCGUCGCACUAACGCAUAUGCGCGUGCCAGAGGAUAUGGCCGUAGCCAAUGCGACCGUCAGCGGCGACAGCAGGAUCGACUUGCUGCUCGGCGGCCAUGAUCACGACGUAUUAAGGAGAGGGAAGUAUAAGGCUCGUAAAAAGCGGGACCGACUGGAGAGGCUUGUCGCUGGUACGGUUGAUUGUGCAACGAGCCGAGAAUGGAACCGUAGUAGCAUCAACAGUGAACCACCAACGCAUGUUGUCGAAACUCUGCAGGCCAUUCACGAUCAAGUCGGAAAGCUGGUUCAAAGACCGCUCCUGCACGCAGCUACCCCAAUAGAUGGACGCAAUGCCAUGAUCCGCAGCCAAGAGACUAACAUGGGAAAUAUGCUGGCCGAUGCCGUUCGAGCAUUCUAUGACGCAGACAUUGGAUUCUUUAACAGCGGCGCAGUUAGAAGUGACUGCAUCUUGGGCGCAGCCGACCCGGACGGAGAGCCCCUGCUAGUCAGAGAUAUCAUCAAUAUCUGUCCGUUCGGAAAUUCCGUUCUCGUUAAGAAGAUGCCCGGCUCGAUCAUCCGGCUUGCACUCGAGAAUUCUGUCUCCGACAUGCAUACUGACGGCCGAUUUUUGCAAGUGUCAGGAUUGCGAGUUGUGGCGAGCUGGCACCAACCUGAAUGGUCUCGAGUUGUAGACGUCUUUUUUCAGAGGUCUGAUGGUAGCCUCGAGCCGCUGGACCCGGAUCGCACAUAUACCGUCGCGAUGCCGUCAUUCAUAGCGCGCGGGUAUGACGGAUUCUCUUGGUUCGCGCAACUGGAGACCCUCGUAGGUGAAGAGGCAGCCGUAACAGAUGCUGGCCUGCUCCUUGCCAUUUUCGGGCAUGAACAGUCAUCCGAUGGUGACAUGCAUGCUAUAGGUAUCGAGCGAGCCCGAGCGGUGACCAUAGUCGGUCAGAAUCCGACCGACUCUUUGCCUAUCGUGAAACCUGUUGUAGAGGAUAGAAUCAAAUUCGUAUAG